ACACACACACACACACACACACACACACACACACACACACACACACACACACACACACACACACACACACACAACCAGACACACUGCCCCCUCAUCAGCACACCCACAAUAGAAACUGCACUCUGCUCCAGUGAGUUUUCCCCACCCAGUCGUACACCUGAGAAGAGUCGUUUCUGGACGGGAGGUUAGGUGUGUUUUUCUGACUCGACUUCCACUGUGGACCAUUGGUAGUUCCUCGACAGAGCACAAAGGAUGUCAUUUAACAUUCCCAUUCUGGAGAUCUUCCUGGGCAUCCUGGGCUUCGGCCUCUCCAUCAUGUUCUGUACGACCUUCUGCAGGGUGUGCAGUCGCUUCAGGGAGGCGCAGAUGGAAAGGGAGGCGUGGAGACGGAGUGAACAGGACAUGCGUCCUCCGAUAUACUUCAUCCCUUUCCAUUCGCAAGACAGCGAAGACCUCUCCAGGGUGCCCCGAUACAGCCAGGAGCUUCACCUGCCACCCCAAUAUAAUAACGCUGCCUUCUGUGGGCCCCCACCUUCCUAUAAUGAGCUGGAAUUGAAGCCGGAUGAUCUUCCGCCUGCUUACACAGAUUAUAGCGUCCCUGUGUAUCCCCUCCCACCUCCACAUCACAUUGUUCAACCACAAACACCACAAUAAGACAGGCCCAUCAUCCUGUGCCUGUGGCUAUGUUAUUGACUGACUUGGAAAAUUAGUGGCGUAUGAGCUUUUUUAUUAUUGUUAAUUAAUGUGAGGAUGGUAGAGAGGGGAUACAAUCUGUAUACUGUAAUGGCACCAGGUUUCAACCAGCAAUGCCAGGAGUAUGCUGCAAUCUCUCAAGGCCAAUACAAUUCUUAACCACAUAUUUUAUUCUGAUCAUGGUAUGAUCCGUGAGCACCAUGUCCCCAUUUGUUAUUCUCUCCACUAAUGAAAUUAUGCUUUCGAUCCUGUCUGUUUGCCUUGUGUUUCAUUAGCAGGAUCUCAAUAGCCACUUUACAGGUAUUAAUGUAAUAAGUGUGAGUUCAGAUGUGAAUGUGAAACCAAUUAUGCCACUAUGUGGUCAUUUAUAAAGCACUUUGUUUUUGCUCAUGUCUCCUUUACCCUAUGUAUUAGUGCCUGCAGAGAAUUUAGAUCAAACAUUGUCUCCCCUAUAUUUGGAUAUGCUACAUGUUUGCCAGAGUCUUGUAGUUUUGCAAACUGAUAUGCAUUCUGUGCGAUCCUAAAAAAUGUAAUCCCAUUCUGCUGAUAGUUGGCACAACAUUACAAUUCAUUGAAAUAGCCAUAGCUCAAUGUUCAGGAGUCUUUGAUUUUAUUUUUUGCACAAUUUAUCCUUGUAAGAAAAUAGGGUUCAGAAAUGCUGAUGAUGAUCCAGAUGCUGAUUAAAUGUUUUUCUUUCACAAAAAAAGUUCAAAAGAUUGGAAAAAGGUGCUCUUCAAGCACUCUAAGCUUUUUUAUGUUUUAUAUAUAAUUUCAUCUGUAAGACGGAUCUAAGGAGCAGGAUUGGGACAAAAAGAGAGACACAUGAAUGAAAAUCCUCAUUGUUUUCAGUGACUGAAUGAUGUUUUUAUGUUGCAUUCAAAAAAAGGAACAACAUUCAGAAAAACCUGGUAGAGCUGAAGUUUCCUAUAUAUUUUAGUAUGAUUCAUAUUGUCUUUGCAUAUUAAGAGUCGUGCUGAAAUGGGACCAUGUUCUUUUCUUUCUCAGUUUUCUUUUUGUCACACUAGAUAAAUCCACUGCCUCCAAAGCAUUUACCUGAAAAGCGUGUGCUGCUGUAGGUCUGCUGCGGUAGGGUUUAAACAGCCAGCUCUGAAACCAAGAGAGCUGUUUUUUUGUGAGAAUUCGAGGGACUCUGAUUGGAGGCUUUAAUUAAACAAUGACAGUACUGUAAAUGAAAUGUGGAUUAGUAAAAAAUGUAACUUAUACAUGUAUAGAUGCUGGUUUACAAACAGAUCGCUGAAUGACAAAGUAUUGUGUCACUCCAAAGAUAUGUCUGUGAUAUCAAGAAAAUAAGGCUACAUGGAAAUCUACUUUUAUGUAUACAUAUUUAAUUUUAUACCGUGUGUAAAUGUAAUAUGCUCAUUAUGACAUCAUGUGCAUUAUUAUUAUUUGUAUUUUUCAACAAACAAUAAAAACAGCACUGUAAUUUAA